UGUGUUUAUGUUACAGAGUGAUGGCGUGGCAGAGCGUGAUGGUGGUGGCGUGGGUGAUGGUGACAGUGGUGUACGGGGCAGAGGCCCGUGACCCCUUGGUCGUGCAGACGCUGAAGGGAGCAGUGCGAGGUACUACGCUUACCACAGCUAAGGGCCGCCAGGUCGACGCUUGGUAUAACAUUCCCUUCGCCCAGCCACCCAUCGGAGAUCUCCGCUUCCGUCAUCCACGACCCAUCGACCGCUGGCAUGGCGUUAAGGAUACAACCAUGCUACCGAAAUCCUGCGUCCAGCUUCCAGACACUUUCUUCGGUGAAUUCAAUGGCUCAACCAUGUGGAAUCCCAACACCGAGAUGAGCGAGGAUUGUCUCUACAUCAACGUGGUAGUUCCGAAACCGCGUCCACGGAAUGCUGCAGUGAUGGUGUGGAUAUAUGGGGGUGGCUUCUACUCAGGCACUUCCACGCUCGAUGUUUAUGACUACAAAAUGUUUGCGGCAGAGCAGCAGGUGAUCAUGGUGGCACCGCAGUACCGCGUCGCCUCGCUUGGUUUCCUCUACAUGAUGAACUCUGAUGUACCUGGCAAUGCUGGCCUCUUCGAUCAACUCAUGGCGCUGCAGUGGAUUCAUGAUAACAUCCGCUUCUUCGGUGGCAAUCCUGAUAACAUUACUCUAUUUGGCGAGUCUGCCGGUGCUGUAAGUGUGAGUAUGCAUCUACUGUCUCCACUCUCCCGCAACCUAUACAGUCAGGCUAUUAUGCAGUCAGGGUCAGCAACUGCACCCUGGGCCAUCAUCACAAAGGAAGAAAGUGUGCUGCGAGGGUUACGUCUUGCCGAGGCUGUGGGAUGCCCACAUGACCCUAAUAACCUGACCGCUGUUGUUAACUGUCUCCGCGAGACUGAUGCCAAGACUCUAGUCCAUAAUGAACCAUCUUCUCAUAUAUGUGAGUUCCCAUUCGUGCCCAUCAUUGACGGCGCUUUUCUUGACGAACGACCCAGCAAAUCCCUUAAAGAUAAAAACUUCAAGAAGACCAACAUCAUGAUGGGCAGUAACACUGAGGAAGGUUAUUGGUUUAUCAUAUAUUUUCUCUCAAACAUUUUUCGCCUUGAGGAAGAAAUCACAGUGACACGGCCAGAAUUUGAAAGCUCAGUACGGGAACUCCAUCCGUACUUCAACGAAGUAGUUCGCCAAGCCAUUAUGUUCGAGUACACAGACUGGCUUUCUCCAGACGACGGCGUCAUGUACCGCAAUGCUAUUGACAAGAUGGUGGGAGACUAUCACUUUACCUGCAACGUCAACGAGUUCGCUUACCACUACGCCUUGGCCGGGAACAAUGUCUACAUGUAUUACUACACGCAUCGCUCCUCACAGCACGUCUGGCCUAAGUGGAUGGGCGUUCUUCACGGCGACGAGAUCAGCUUCCUCUUUGGCCAGCCUCUAAACCCUGAAAAAUCAUAUACGGUGGAGGAACAGGAACUCUCCAGACGAAUGAUGACUUACUGGGCCAACUUCGCUAAGACUGGGAAUCCCAGUGAAGGUAGUGACAGCGUGUGGACACAGACGUACUGGCCAGUGCACACCACAACUGGUCGUGAGUACCUCACCCUCGCCACAAACACCACCUCAACAGGCAGGGGACCAAGACUCAAAAAAUGUGCCUUCUGGAAAAAAUUCGCACCUAAGCUACUGCAACUUACAGCCGACAAGACAAGCACGAGACCGGAGCAAUGUCCAAGCAGCACUAGCAGUGUGGAGCGGGUGAGAGAGUCCAGCCUGGCCACGGUCUUGCUGACAUCCAUCAUCCUCAUCUACUCCUCCAUGACCCGCCCGUGAGGAAAGUCCCACCCGCCUCUCCUUUCAACACACAAAAGCCUCCACUUGUAACAGCUGCCAGCGAGGAAUGAGGCUCUCCAACACUAAAGACGACGAUAAGUUGCUCUUUGACGCCGCUUUAAGUAUGCUGAAGGCGACGGCAGGUUGCUGUUUGCUGCCGCUUAGUAUGUUUUCUGGACGUCUCAUUGCGUCGUCCCGCUAGUUGAGUGCUAUUUAGCCAGAAUAUACCGCACUAAAGCCGUUUAUAUACAGAUUCUGUAGCAGUGCUGAAAGUGUUGAGUGCAGUCUGAACUACUAGUUGUAGCAGAGAAAAAAUGGACUGAUUUAACAAAAGUUGUGAACAAAAUAUAGUUUUCUAGAUUUCGAACUUAUGUGCUGUCAUGAUUUCUGGCAACAGAAGUUCCAAGAUAACAGGUAAUGGAUAGAAAGCCAAGGUUAUAUUAUCGCAUGUAGCUCUGAUGGGGUGAAUAAGGAGCAAUACAUGGGACUCUGGCUGAGAUGAUAGGCUACACCCAUAGGGAAUAGGCAGAAUGUGAGCCCUCGGUGUUUAUAGCAUAAAUCGUCCCAGGAUCACAAUCGGCACUUGCUACAUCUUUAUCGUCUAAGAUAGCCUAUAUGUAUAGCGAGGAUGGAGUUGUCCUGUUGUGUGGCACUGGUUGUCACAGGAGACUAGUGCCAGAAGUAAAAACAGUGCUGCCUGGACCACCCUCCUCGCUCAGAGACAAUGAUCCUAGCAGUCUUAAAGGUCGUAAAGCUUUCUUCUUGUUAAGUGACUGUAGAAGGUGAGCUUUAUUAACACCUUACAUCUAAUCUAAGUAUUCGCGUUAUUAGACCUCAUAUUUUUUCGGUUCUUUAGUAAUCCCCGCCAAUAGCUUGGACGUGGAAUAGCAAGGACCCACUCAUUAUGAUGAUGCCAUUAUACCAUGCCUGCUCUAUCAUGGAAUGGCAUUCUGUCACUUUCUCGAGGCAUUUAACCGAUGUCUCUUUCUGGACGCUAUGCAGAGUUGUAGCCGUGAGACGCAUGCACGCCCUUAUCUGAUCCUCUUAGCAACGCCACCCUCACUCAGACAACCCAUACAUAUCUCUCCGGUAGUUCAAGGAUUUCCUGUACAUGUGCUAGGUUUUAUCAGGCGUUCCGUGGUCCUCAAACUUUGGUUUAGUCAAAUAUGAACUACCACUUGCAUUCUUAAUUCACCCUGGCAGGUGCAGAGUCUAGCAGAGGUGACUAUUAUGGUUGUCUUUGAGAUUUAUGAUAGGACGUUAAAGAUACUGUUAGUACUUCAACCAGGCUAAAGACAUUUAAUGCUAUAUCCCGUCAAAAUGGCUAAAUAUUCCAGUGUCUGUGGCGUAAACGAUGUGGCAAGGGGGAUCCAAAAUUAGCCAUUUUGGCGGGAAAUAGAAA